AAAAGAUGCAAAUAAAUAGUCUAAAGAAUUUAUAUUCAUAAGAUCAUUUUAUUUUAUUUUCACGAUUUACUUUAUAUUUACAAGCUCGCUGUACCGCGUAAAUAUCUUAAAAACGUUAAAGGAGUGUGAAAUUGUCAAAGGAAGUCGUCCACAAAAGUGGAAAUACGAGAAAUUGAUACAAAAAAAUUGAUUUUCAAAGAAAAUUUUAAAAAUCUUUAAUUGGAUUUAAAAUUUAUCGAAAAGGAUCUUCAACUGUGGUCUAAUUAAUCCACAAUUCAAAACGCAAUAUGAAUUCAUCAGCAUUGAGAGCUCUCGCUUUAGAAUAUAAGUCACUUCAGGAAGAACCAGUGGAAGGAUUUCGAGUAAAAUUAUUAAAUGAUGAUAAUAUGUUUGAGUGGAGUGUCGGUAUUUUCGGACCUCCCGAAACUCUUUAUCAAGGUGGCUAUUUUAAGGCAAUAAUGAAAUUUCCACAAGAUUACCCUUAUUCACCACCAACAAUUCGAUUCAUCACAAAAGUUUGGCACCCGAAUGUUUAUGAGAAUGGUGACUUAUGCAUUUCUAUUUUACAUCCGCCAAUUGACGACCCUCAAAGCGGCGAAUUACCUUGCGAACGAUGGAAUCCAACUCAAAAUGUUCGCACAAUCCUACUCUCAGUUAUCUCUUUGCUCAAUGAACCGAAUACAUUUUCACCUGCGAAUGUUGAUGCAAGUGUUAUGUACAGACGAUGGCGUGACUCAAAUGGCCGUGAUAAUGAAUAUCCUAACAUAAUCAGGAAACAAGCACUUCAAGCAAAAGUAGAAGCUGAAAAAGAAGGAAUUGUCGUCCCACUUACUCUAGAGGAAUAUUGUCUUAAACCUAAAACAAAUCCAAAUAAUCAAGAACCUCAACUCGACAUGACAGACUUUUAUGAUGAUUUUGACGACGAGUGCAGUGAGUCUGAAUCGGAAUCACAGAAUGGUGAUGGUGAGGAUUCAGGAAAUGCAGAAUAAUUAUUAAAGAAAUUGACAAAGUUGUGUUAAUGGAUUUUUCUCAAUAAUGAUUAGCAAUCAAACAGCAACAUCAAAAAAAAAAUUAAUUAAUUAUAUUUUUCAAAAACAGAGAUAUAAAAAUUAUUGCAACACAGUGGUAUUUUAUGAAAAGAAAGAAGAUGAAGACGGGAGAGAAAAAAAAAUAAGUAAAAUGUAAGAAGAAUCCUUUCUAUAUAUAACUAAGCUAAGUUGAAAACAAAUUUCAAUUAUAAGAGAACGUGAAACUUAAAAACAACAAUUAUUUACAAAAAAAUAUGCUGGAGAGUUCUUCAAUUUCGAG